AUGUUGUCGGGACCGGUGCGAAGAGCGCUGUUGCCGCGAGUGGCUGAUGCCACGACGGUAUCGGCGCCGCGGUCCAUGCCGGCCUGGACCAGCAGAACCCUGCCUUCCGUCUCCAAGAGCGAAGGCCAUCUUCCCUUAUUGAUUCGAACUCUCCAUAAUGCGCCGUCGUCUCCGCUGCCGGCCUUUUCCCUCUCGAAGACUGCCUACCGAAGCAGCAGGAGCAGCAAGCCAAGGGCAACAUGGUCUACCCUGACGAGCACUGCUCGUCUGCCUACUGCUUCCCGUGCGUUUUCUGUCGGUCCGCGUCUCGGUGACGCAGUCAAGAUGACAAAGGAAGAACAGUCCAAGACAGCAUCCGAACAACAACAACAACAACACGAGGCGCCAAGCGACUUUGAAAAGAGCGAAAAGGCCGCCCGGGCGGCGCAGGUCAACCUCAGCGCCAAGCUUUCCAAGGAGGGCAAGGGCUCCGGAAGCUCGGGGUCGGGCGAGAUCAUACGCCUGCUCAAGGUGGCCAAGCCGGAGAUUCGAUGGUUGGGGCUGGCGUUUGUGUUCCUGGUCAUCUCAUCGAGUGUGACCAUGUCGAUUCCCUUCUCGGUCGGACGCAUACUAGACAUCUCUACCAAAGGCGACACUGAGGAUAUUCGGUUGUUUGGCCUGACACUCAACCAGUUCUUCGUGGGGCUGGGCACGAUCCUGACGGUGGGGGCCAUGGCUAACUUUGGCCGUGUGAUCCUGCUGCGCAUUGUGGGUGAGCGUGUCGUUGCGCGGCUCCGGUCGCAGCUGUACCGCCGCACGUACGUGCAGGACGCCGAGUUCUUCGACGCCAACCGCGUGGGCGACCUCAUCUCGCGCCUGAGCUCCGACACGGUCAUUGUGGGCAAGUCGGUGACGCAGAACCUUAGCGACGGUCUCCGGGCCCUGUUCAGCGGCGGCGCCGGAUUCGCCAUCAUGGUGUGGACCAGCCCGCAACUCACUGGACUCCUGCUGCUCAUGUUUCCACCCAUCGCCGUGGGCGCCUUCUUCUACGGUCGGGCCAUCCGAAACGUCAGCAGGUCGAUCCAGAAGAACCUAGGUACCCUGACCAAGAUUGCCGAGGAGCGCCUGGGUAACAUCAAGACCAGCCAGGCCUUUGUCGGCGAGGUGCAGGAGGUGGGCCGGUACAACAAGCAGAUCCGCCGCAUCUUUGCCCUCGGCAAGAAGGAGUCGCUCAUUGCCGCCACCUUCUUCGCCUCGACAGGUUGGGCCGGUAACAUGACGGUCCUCUCUAUGCUCGUCGUCGGAGGCAGCUUCGUCCGGUCGGGCAGCAUGUCUCUGGGAGACCUGACGUCGUUUAUGAUGUACACGGCUUUUGCCGGGUCCAGCCUAUUCGGUGUAUCCGGGUUCUACUCGGAGCUGAUGAAGGGCGUGGGAGCUGCGAGCCGGCUGUUUGAGCUGCAGGACCGUAAGCCCGGAAUCCACCAGACCAUAGGCGUGCCCGUCAAGUCGGCUCAAGGUCCCAUCAAGUUCUCGGAUGUGUCGUUUGCGUACCCCACUCGGCCGGCCGUCAAGAUCUUCAACGGACUCGAUUUUGAGAUUCCCUCGGGCAGCAACGUAUGCGUCGUGGGACCCUCCGGCGGCGGCAAGUCGACGGUAGCGUCGCUGCUGCUCCGGUUCUACAACCCUACUGCGGGCUCCAUCAGUAUCAACGGUGUGGAUAUCUCAACUAUGAACGUCAAGUCGCUCCGUCGUCGCAUCGGCAUGGUAUCCCAGGAGCCUGUCCUCUUCUCCGGCACGAUUGCCGAGAACAUUAGCUACGGACUUCCCAAGGCGUCGCGUGCGGAUAUCAUCUCUGCGGCCCGCCGUGCCAACUGUAACUUCAUCAGCGACCUCCCCGACGGCCUGGAGACGCAGGUCGGGGCACGCGGCUCGCAGCUGUCCGGUGGGCAGAAGCAGCGCAUCGCCAUCGCGCGCGCCCUCCUCAAGGACCCGGAUAUUCUGAUCCUGGACGAGGCCACGUCGGCCCUGGACGCUGAGUCCGAGACGCUCGUCAACGAGGCCCUCGCCAAGCUCCUGCACGGGCACAACACCACCAUCUCCAUUGCCCACCGCCUCUCGACCAUCAAGCGCUCCGACAAGAUCAUCGUUCUCAACAAUGACGGCAAGGUGGCCGAGAUUGGCAGCUACACCGAGCUCGCGGCCGAUCCCGAGAGCGCCUUUAGCAAGCUCAUGGAGUGGCAGAUGAGCGGUGGCGACGUGCCAUCUGACAAGAGGCCUACCGAGGCCCACGCUCAUAUCACUGAAGCUGAGGAGCUGGAGCAGGACCUCGAGACUCGUGAGCCGGAUGAGGAGCUGGAGCGGGAAAGUGAGGAGGCUGAGAAGGAAGCUGGGGAGAAGAAGGACAGCCAAUCCAAGCCGUAA